UGUCACCACAGAAAUUCACCUCACUCUCGCGAUAGCUUUGGGCUUCCACCCGCGGAGAGAUUCAGAGAGGAGAUGGCGGCCAGAGGGGGGUUUCAGUCAGCACCGAGUGGUGGUGGCAGUGGAGGAAUGGGUCCAGGACCACCGGUACCGGGUCCAGGGCCAGGCAUGGGGCCCGGAACUCCAACAGGCAGAAUGGGACCUUCACCGGGCGCGCAGAACCACAUGUACCGCUCCCCGAUGCCAGGGCCUGGAUACCCGAGACCAGGCAUGCCUCCAUCCAGUCGUAUGACCCCUCAGGGUCCGUCCAUGGGCCCUCCAGGAUAUGGCAGCAGCCCUGUGUCUCGCCCUGGGAUGCCUGGUGUGAUGGACCCAUCUCGUAAGAGGCCGGCGCCACAGCAGAUUCAACAAGUUCAGCAGCAACAACAGCAGAACCGCAGCCAGCACACAAAGAAGAAGAAGAUGGCUGACAAAAUUCUACCUCAGAGGAUCAGGGAACUGGUCCCAGAGUCUCAGGCUUACAUGGAUCUCCUGGCAUUUGAAAGGAAGCUGGAUCAGACCAUCAUGCGCAAAAGGCUAGACAUUCAGGAGGCCCUGAAGAGGCCCAUUAAGCAAAAGAGAAAGCUUCGGAUUUUCAUAUCCAACACCUUCAACCCGGCGAAGCCUGAUGCUGAGGAUGGAGAAGGCACUGUUGCAUCAUGGGAGCUACGUGUUGAGGGGCGUCUGUUGGAAGAUACCGCUGUGUCUAAGUAUGAGGCUACCAAACAAAAAAGGAAGUUCUCGUCUUUCUUUAAGUCCCUUGUGAUUGAGUUGGACAAGGACCUAUAUGGACCUGAUAAUCACCUUGUGGAAUGGCACAGAACUGCCACCACCCAGGAGACUGAUGGCUUUCAGGUGAAGCGGCCCGGUGACGUGGGUGUUCGCUGCACCGUCCUGCUCAUGCUCGACUACCAGCCCCCUCAGUUCAAGUUGGACCCCCGUCUGGCCCGUAUGCUAGGUAUCCACACCCAGACUAGACCAGUCAUAAUCCAGGCCCUGUGGCAGUACGUCAAGACCCACAAACUCCAGGACCCUCAUGAGCGCGAGUUUAUUAACUGUGACAAAUACCUGCAGCAGAUAUUUGAGACUCAGCGAAUGAAGUUUUCUGAGAUCCCUCAGCGUUUGCAUGCUCUCCUGAUGCCCCCAGAGCCCAUCAUCAUAAACCAUGUCAUCAGUGUGGACCCCAACGACCAGAAGAAGACGGCCUGUUAUGACAUUGAUGUGGAGGUGGACGACACGUUGAAGACCCAGAUGAACUCCUUCCUGCUCUCCACAGCCAGUCAGCAGGCAAUAGCCGGACUUGANAUAGCUGGACUUGACAACAAGAUCCAUGAAACCAUCGAGACUAUUAACCAGCUGAAGACCCAGAGAGAAUUCAUGCUGAGUUUUGCCAGAGAUCCUCAGGGUUUUAUCAACGACUGGCUGCAGUCGCAGUGCAGAGACUUCAAGACCAUGACAGAUGUGGUAGGAAACCCAGAAGAAGAGCGAAGAGCUGAAUUUUAUUACCAGCCCUGGGCUCAGGAGGCCGUCUGUCGCUACUUCUACUCCAAGGUAAACUUUCUUCUUCUUUUUUUUUUCUAAUUUCAUGCUGCAGCUUGUCUUUAUGGUUAUUCAAGCAAAGAAAGAAUGAAGGGAGGAAGGAAGGAUGGUAGGACACAAGGAAGGAAGGAAUUAGGGAAGGAAAGACAGAAGAAUGCCAUGAAGGAUGGAAGCAGGGAAGGAAAGAAGGAAGAAAGAAAGAAUAGAA